AAGUUGACACUACUACUAUAAACAUAACCUUCCACAAACAUUUUCAACUCAAUAAUACAUUAUUAAACUUAACUCUUUCCCUCUCAACUUCUCAAGUCUGUAUCAAUAAUUAUAUAUCCCAACAUCUAAGUCAACCUAGCUAGCCAUGGCAAUCGAAGGCGGCGGUGGUGGUGGUGGUGGCCAGCUUCGCUUUGUGAUGCGUGUCUUAACAGGACGAUGGUUCAUGGUGUUUUCCUCCCUUCUAGUAAUGUCUUCGGCUGGUGCCACCUACAUGUUUGGGUUAUACUCCAAAGACAUAAAACAAUCCUUAGGGUAUGACCAAAGUACCAUCAACCUCCUUAGCUUCUUUAAGGACUUGGGAUCCAUUGCCGGGGUACCUUCCGGGCUACUACUAGAAGUCGCGCCACCUUGGGUGGUUCUAACCGUAGGCGCGGUCCUUAACUUCUUUGGUUACUUCAUGAUUUGGCUCGCCGUUACUAGUCGCAUCCCCAAACCUAAAAUUUGGCAAAUGUGCUUGUAUAUAUGCGUAGGUGCAAACUCUCAAGCGUUUUCAAAUACUGGUGCACUUGUUACAAGCGUAAAGAACUUCCCAGAGAGCCGAGGAAUGGUCUUAGGCUUGUUAAAAGGCUUUGUUGGUCUAAGUGGUGCUAUCAUAACUCAAGUCUACUUUGCAUUUUACGGUGGCAAUGGUAAACAUUCCAAGGACUUAAUCCUCCUCAUUGGUUGGCUACCAGCCGCCUUAUCAUUUGCAUUCAUUCGUACCAUUCGAUUUAUGAAAGUUGUUCGACAAAAAAAUGAGGCUAAUGUCUUCUAUGAAUUUCUAUACAUCUCCCUUGGCCUCGCCGGUUUUCUCAUGGCUAUGAGCAUACUUCAAAAGACCAUAACCUUUACGCGUGGUGGUUACAUAGGAAGUGGUAUAGCAGUGAUUAUUUUGCUCCUUUUACCUCUUUACACCGUGAUUAAAGAAGAGUACAAGCUACGACGAAAGAGGAGUGUAGUAGAGUUGCAAAGUGUCUCCAACAAUAAUGUUGUGGUUGAGGAUGUUGUUGCAAAUGCAUUGCCUCAAGCAUCCGUAAAAGAGUUGCCUAUGAAACAAAGAGAGGCCGAUUCAUGUUUUCAAAAUAUAUUUAACUCUCCGGAAAGAGGGGAAGAUUAUACCAUACUACAAGCUAUUUUCAAUAUCGACAUGUUCAUUCUAGUUAUCACUAUUAUAAAUGGACUUGGUGGCACAUUGACUGCAAUUGACAACUUGGGUCAAAUCGGGGCAUCCCUAGGGUACCCUCCUCACAGCAUAGGCACAUUUGUGUCCCUAGUGAGUAUAUGGAACUACUUAGGUCGUGUCGUGGCGGGUUUUGGUUCGGAACACUUAUUAACCAAGUACAAGAUUCCAAGGCCUCUUGUGCUCUCCUUCAUGCUCUUCAUCUCUUGCAUUGGCCACCUUCUCAUAGCUUUCAAUGUGCACAAUGGGCUUUAUUUUGCAACUGUGGUUAUUGGGUUUUCCUAUGGAGCCCAAUGGCCUUUGCUAUUUGCAAUCAUCUCUGAAUUAUUUGGGCUUAAAUACUAUGCAACAUUGAACAAUGUGGGUACAAUGGCAAGCCCUAUAGGAGGUUACAUUCUCGGUGUUAGACUAACUGGCUAUUUAUAUGAUAAAGAAGCCCAAAGGCAAAUGCAUGCAUUGGGCCGGAUUAGGAAAGAAGGUGAAGAGUUGACUUGUAUUGGCCCAAAAUGUUUUCAGUUAGCAUUUGUAGUGAUCACAGGGGCUACUUUAUUUAGUAUGUUUAUUUCACUAAUUUUAGUGGUUAGAACAAGGAAGUUUUACAAGAGUGACAUUUAUAAGAAGUUCAGGGAGGCAGCUGAUGCAGUGGAGGCUGAGACCGCCAGUGGUGCCGUAGUGCCGGAUAAUGGGGCGAAGAAGUCGGAACUGAAGGUGGCAGAAAGCUAGGAGUGUUUAGAGGUGUUUUUAUACCAAGCAAAUUAUUGGUAACGAACUAAGCUAAUAUAUGUACUGUUGUAUUGUUUAGAUUUUGAUGAACGGGUUUGGGCCACACCCGUCAUAAGUGUCCACUUUAUAUGACCAAAGAUGUUCCAUCCCAAAACCAUAUGGUAAUGAGAGGAGUAGCCCCUUCGCCUUAUAAAGUGGACACAACUUUCUCUUUUCUUCAACGUAGAUCCAAAUGGGACAACACAUCUCAAUAUUCCUCUUCACUUUUAUACUCUUUCAAUGUGGGACAACACUUUCACUCACAUGUGGAUUUUGCUCAUGAACUCAACAUAUUUCCAUCAUAUAUAUAUCCAAGUGUAUUAUGAACAUGCUUUAA